GCAAAACAAAGACUAACAAGUUACACGGUUCGAUUUGACAAUUCUUCUUCAUUCGGUGCCCAUAUUGCCAUCUAUUCUCUGUUUGGCGUUAAGGGACCGGAAAUUAAAACUCAUAACGGGAAACGGUAAAUGUUGUAUUCUUUUAUUCAAUCAUUCGUAAUCAAACUUGUAAUUUGAAAUUGCCUUUUUAUAUGUGGUUGUCGGUUUAAAAACAAAUGGUGCGUAUACGGGGCAUGAGAUGUGGAUUAGCUAAUCAUCUACUACAAGAACCGAGCACAAAAAUUAACGAUUCAAGACUCACUGAAUUUGUGCGUAAGCGACGCAAAGAUUUUCGCCCUGAAGUAAAAGUUUGCAAACAAUGCGCCGAAGAACUAGUGCGUAUUUACAACCUGAAAAUUACACGAGCUCUAGAGCUGCAACGGGCGAGUCGUGAAUGGUCGUUGAAUGUGUCAUCAGUGGCAGACGUAGAGGAUAGCAAUACUAGUCGACAACAGCGUACAUUCCCUACGAUAAAUAUAAGUUCAAGCACAACAACAAGGACUACAACAGGUACAGACGAAGAUAAUACCGUUAAUAGUCGGCAACAGCAUACGUUCCCUACCAUAAAUAUAAGUUCAAGCACAACAACUGUGGACAUUGAAGAGCAACACAGUACUUCACAUUCACCGCUUGACGAGGGCCCGUCCACAAGUGCUGCCGCAGCAGCUAGGAUGAAACGUAAACAUCAGGAGGUGGGGGAGGCGCAUAACGCAGGUAAUGAUGACGAAUACGCACCAAGUCCAAAUGCUGUAAAUGGCACACGUCUGCCACACAUACAACCUAUACCGAAGAGGAGAAAAUUUGUACAUGAAAAUCCAAGUGUUAUGGCUGUCUACAUGGCGGGUCUGAAGGGUGGAUAGUUGUUAUUGUAAUAAGCAGUAAAUCAAGUAAUUUGUGCUUUAAUUGUUUUUCUUUGUUUAUUUUUGUUUUGACCCUCAUUUGGCGCCAAUUCGGAAAACGUAUAAUUGGAAGUCGUGGCA